ACGCAUUACGUCUGGCUGGAGGAUCAAAUGGAAAUGUGGGUCGUGUAGAAGUUUUCUACAAUGGUACAUGGGGAACGAUCUGUGAUGACCAUUGGGAUCUGAACGAUGCUAAUGUGGUCUGUCGUUCUCUGGGUCUACCAAGUGCUACAAGUGCGCCACACAGCGCAUUCUUCGGCCAGGGAAGUGGUCCAAUAUGGCUGGAUGAUGUUAACUGUCAAGGAACUGAAACUUCUCCAAGUCAAUGCUCACAUGGUGGAUGGGGAACACACAACUGUGGUCAUGGAGAGGAUGCGAGCGUUGUUUGCGGUUAUCCCCAAUAUACGUUACGCCUAGCUGGAGGAUCAAAUGCAAACGAAGGACGAGUAGAGAUUUUCUACAAUCAGCAGUGGGGGACGAUUUGUGAUGACGGCUGGGAUCUUGAUGAUGCUGAUGUUGUCUGUCGUUCUUUUGGUUUCACAAAAGCAAUAAGCGCAGCGCACAGCGCAGCAUAUGGUCAGGGAAGUGGUCAAAUAUGGCUGGAUAAUGUUAAUUGUCAAGGAACUGAAUCUUCUCUGAGUCAAUGUUCACAUAAUGGAUGGGGAACACACAACUGUGGUCAUAGUGAAGAUGCUAGUGUUAUUUGCACAAAUUUACGCUUGGUUGGAGGAUCAAACGACAAUGAAGGUCGAGUAGAAAUUUUUCRCAACGGUGAAUGGGGAACAAUAUGUGAUGACUACUGGGAUCUCGACAACGCUAAAGUUGUUUGUAGAUCUUUGCGUCUACCUAGUGCUACGAACGCACCACACCGCGCAUUYUUYGGUCRGGGAAGUGAUCGAAUAUGGUUGGAUAAUGUUAACUGUCAAGGARAUGAAACUUCGUUGAGUCAAUGCUCACAUGGUGGAUGGGGAACACACAACUGUGGUCAUGGAGAGGAUGCAAGUGUGAUCUGUGGAUURCCUCGCUCAACCUUACGUCUAGUUGGAGGAACAGACAGCCAAGAGGGUCGAGUUGAAGUUUUCUACAAUGGUCAAUGGGGAACGAUCUGUGAUGACAGCUGGGGUCUUAACGAUGCCAAGGUUAUUUGUCGUUCUCUUGGUCUACCAAAUGCUACAAGUGCGCCACACAGUGCAUUCUUUGGUCAAGGAAGUGAUCCAAUAUGGCUGGAUAAUGUUAACUGUCAAGGAACUGAAUCUUUAUUGAGUCAAUGUUCACAUGGUGGAUGGGGAACACACAACUGUGGUCAUGGAGAGGAUGCAAGUGUGAUCUGUGGAUUACCUCGCUCAUCCUUACGUCUAGCUGGAGGAACCGACAGCCAAGAGGGUCGCGUUGAAGUUUUCUACAAUGGUCAAUGGGGAACGAUCUGUGAUGACGCCUGGGAUCUCAACGAUGCUAAAGUGAUCUGUCGUUCUCUGGGUCUACCAAGUGCUACUAGUGCCCCACACAGUGCAUUCUUCGGUCAGGGAAAUGGUCCAAUAUGGCUGGAUGAUGUUAACUGUCAAGGAAAUGAAACUUCUCCAAGUCAAUGUUCACAUGGUGGCUGGGGAACACACAACUGUGGUCAUGGAGAGGAUGCAAGUGUGGUUUGUGGACAUCCAACAAUUGAACCAACAACAAUGACUGAAGAAACAAGUACCACAGCCUCAACACCAACAGUUGAACCAACAACAAUGACUGAAGAAACAAGUACCACAACCUCAACACCAACAGAACCAUUAAAGCAAAUGUACGAUUAUGGUACCUCUGUCGGAGAUAGUUUUAUUCCACAUACAUGGGAGUAUUCUUGGCGUUGUUUUGAUGUUGCAAUCAAUGACGAUGGAAUUCUUCUACUUCACAAAAGAUACUACGAGCUUUAUAUUUGCCGGAACGGAUUGAUUAAGUUUGAUACACCAUGGCAUGUACAUUGGCCAUCUCUAUUUGGACAAAACACUGAUGUUAUUAUGCUGGCUCCGUAUUGGGCUUUGACCGACGACUAUCAAUCAUUUAUCAAUGAAAGAAUAUCCGAUGUUUACUAUCAAGUGUACACUGAGCUGAAUAAUAAUGCAAAGUCAACCAAGGUUUUAGAUCAAGCCACUAGAGAUGUUAAUAUACAUUUCCAACAACUUUUACCAACAUCUUUCAAAGCUUCUUGGGUACUGGUUGUCACUUGGAGUAAGCUUCGCCACUCAAACCUGAAUAUGUAUACUCGCAAUCUGGUAAUUCAUUUCA